AUGGCUUCCCCGCGUCGGGUCGCGUCGCAACCCACCUCCCCGACGACAAACAUCUUCCUCUUUCUCGUCGCAUUCCGACUACUCAAUGCGCUCGUCGUCCGCACUUUCUUUCAACCCGAUGAAUUCUUUCAGUCAUUGGAGCCUGCAUGGCAGAUCGCGUUUGGCAAAGGCCAGGGUGCUUGGGUGACCUGGGAAUGGCACCACCAACUCCGAUCCUCCUUACACCCUCUAUUCUUCGCCGCCAUCUACAAAACAGUCUCCUUUCUCGCAACAACCCUCCGCCUCUCCGCUGCGACGCGCGCGGAACUCCUGAUUGCCGGGCCGAAGACCGCGCAGGCCGUGAUCGCGGCGGUCGGUGACUUUUAUACCUGGAAACUAGCUACUCGCGUCUACGGGACUGAUUCUCGUGGCGCAUGGACAACGUUGAUUGUCACGGUUCUCAAUCCUUGGCAGUGGUUCUGCUCAACGAGGACCUUGUCAAAUUGCGUUGAGACCACGGUGACAAUUGUCGCGCUAGACUCCUGGCCAUGGCAGUGGUCAGCAGGCACCUCGACCGAAAGUACUCGCGAGAAUAAUGCUGGACGCAAGAAGAGUUCGGCCGAGGGUCAAAAGGUCCUCCUAACCAGGUAUGGCUGGAUUCACCAGACGCUACUCAUGCAACCGCUGACGCGCAUCGCGCAUAGUCUUCGACAAUGCCUGUGCCUGGCAGCCCUCGCCUGUAUUCUCCGCCCGACUAACAUCCUGAUCUGGGCAACGCUAGCGGCCGUCGCUUGGCUUCGCACCAGCUGGAGCCAGCGCAAAGUCCUUAUUCGGGAGGUUCUCUUCUGCGGACUAGCCGUCCUCGCAGUGUCGGCCGUCGCAGAUCGUCUAUUCUACGGAUUCUGGACGUUUCCUCCGCUUCGCUUCCUAUACUUCAACAUUGCGCAAUCUCUGGCGGUCUUCUACGGCCGCAAUGAUUGGCACUACUAUGCAUCGCAGGGCUAUCCACUCCUGCUUACAACAUUGCUGCCCUUUGCGCUUGUCGGUCUCUACCGCACCUUACGGACCCGAGCUUCUUCUGUCGCCGAUAGAUUGCAGACAGAGAUCCGAGUGCAAUUAGCGAUUGUAUGUCUGAUCAUGCCAUUCGUGCUGUCUCUGAUUUCGCAUAAAGAGGUGCGCUUCAUUUACCCGUUGCUACCAUCGCUGCACAUCCUGGCUGCGCCACCGCUUGUGCAAUUCUUCUAUCCCGCGGUAUACUCGCGGUCAUCGAGUGCCUAUACCCCGCAAAGGCUGGUCCUUAUUUUCCUCGUGGUGGCCAACCUCGUGAUUGGUCUCUAUACGACUCUUUACCACGCAUCCGGAGUGGUGAAUGUCCUCACAUAUCUGCGCCAUCAACAUGAAUUCCACAGUUCAUCUCCCGAGUCUUUGGACUCGCAGCAUGCGCCGGGAAUCACAGCUGGAUUCUUGAUGCCCUGCCACAGCACCCCGUGGCGCUCUCAUCUAGUAUAUCCCACAAUUGAUGCAUGGGCACUCUCAUGCGAACCCCCAAUCGAUCGUACUGCGGCCGAAAAGGCCGUCUAUCGCGACGAAGCGGACCAAUUCUACGACGAUCCAUCCCAAUUCCUCCGCGACAACAUGAAGGGAGGUCUACGCUACCUCCCCUCCCGACCAAGCUACGUCUCCGGCCUCCGGUCCGCCCCCGAGCCAGGCAAGACGACAUGGACACACGACUGGCCCGACUACUUAAUAUUCUUCGAGCAACUAGAACCCACAAUGCACACCCUCCUCCGCGCAUCCUCGUACGCAGAGUGCUGGCGCACCUACAACACCGCAUGGCACGAUGACUGGCGCCGACGCGGCGACGUGGUGGUCUGGUGUCUCGAUCCGUCCGAACAAGACGCAUGGCGCGCGGAAAAACAUCAACGCGCGCAAGAACACCGCGACCGACAAUUCGAGCGAAUAGUUGAGGUCUUCCAAAAAGACGCACGUCGUCAACAGAAGAAAGGAUGGAAAGCUCUAAUUCCAUCUCGAUCUUCAUUUUCUUUCUCUUUCACCUCCCCUUGGUCCUCGCGUUCCCGCUCUCGACUUUCAACGUUUACCUCAUGGAGCCGGUCCGUGCAGUCGUAUUUCUCACCUCGCCCUUCGUGGCGGGAAUCGAUACAGUCUGUUUUUAAGCCACGGCCUGCGAGUGGUUGGCCGUGGAGUCGACGGUCCCGUUCGCUUUGGGAGAGAUUCUGGGCUCCGUCACCUAGUAUUUGGGACUGGGUUCCUUUCUCGUUGCCUAAGUGGUUGGGUUGUUUAUCGAAUUAUAACAGCGAGGAUGAUCGGGAUAUGUGGUCUUGA